AUGCCGCGAUCGUUCCUCGUCAAGAGUAAAAGGACCCAUCUGCUCGGCCAAUCUAAGGAUUCUUUUAGACAGCACUCCCGGUCCCAAGCUGGUGCCAAGCAGCCUUUUGGGCAGGACAGGAGGGAACCUGAAGAUGCUGUGCAGCCUUUGACCUCUACGUUAGGAGUCAAAGAUGUUCUGGCUUCAGGCCACUCACUGUGGAAUAGGAUGGCAGUUUGGUCUAACAGUGACCCCACAUGUGAUCCUAGGACUUCAGCCACUGUUGAGAGCAGAGAUACUCCUCUGCCGGCCUCGCCUCGGUCAACGGACAGAAACCAGGCAUCUGAAAGAGAGAGGGAACUAGAAAGACUGGUCUUCAUGUUACUCAAUCACACUUCGCACACCGACCUCAAAUCCCCCGUCAGCCAGUGUCCGCUAUGUGAAAAGUCUCUUCCAGAAGUCUUACUAUCAGAACGUGGUCUGCAGCCUUCUGUCCCAUUGACAAGAUCACCCACAGCCGCUGACAUGCCCCAUAUGAACUUUGGCUUCAGAGCAAGAGCUAAGGAGCGAAGUUUUGCCUGCAAGGUGUGUGGAAAGGUGUUCAAGCGCUCAUCCACCCUAUCCACUCACCUCCUCAUCCACUCAGACACGCGGCCUUACCCGUGCCAGUACUGCGGCAAACGGUUCCACCAGAAGUCAGACAUGAAGAAACACACCUUCAUACACACAGGUGAGAAACCGCACGUGUGCAAGGUGUGCGGUAAAGGAUUCAGCCAGAGUUCCAACCUCAUCACCCACAGCCGAAAGCACAGCAGUUACCGGCCGUUCAGCUGUCCUCGCUGUCAGCACAGCUUCCAGCACAGGGUUGACCUGCAGCGCCACCAAGAGAUUCAGUGCGUCUACAGAAACAUGUAUGUUAAAAACUGA